CCGAGGCGCCCGUUGGCGCCAACAGCCCGCGCGAGUUACAUGACGGACAAGGGUGGCCCAACAGCCCAAAAACCAUAAACUGCCACAGGAGACGGAAUUGCUGAACAUCUCUGGCUUGACUUCUUCCCAGACUUCCUCUCACAAACGCAAUUGACAAUGGCAGGCAGGAAAACAAAAAGCCCACGGAGACCGAGCCGGCAACCGACCCCCCCGUCACGGGUACGGUCUCCGGUGAAGUAUAUCAUUGCUGGUCUGACCGCCACCGCCGCCCUCGGAUGGGGCUUGGGUCGAUGGUAUGCCGAUAACCCGAUUGGCUUCUCACACCACGCCGCCCCUUACGUCGACUGGGAUGCCCGGCGAGAAGAAGUCAAGGAGGCCUUUAGCACAAGUUGGGAAGCAUACUCUCAGUAUGCCUGGGGCAAAGACCGGUAUCACCCCGUCUCGGGCAAGGGCUCGCAGAUGAGCCCCAAAGGCCUCGGGUGGAUCAUCGUCGACAGCCUCGACACCAUGAUGAUCAUGAACCUGACGGAGCCCCUGGCCGAGUCACGCAAGUGGCUGCACCGCAGUCUCACUUACGACCAGGACCAGGACGUCAACACUUUCGAGACGACCAUCCGCAUGCUCGGCGGGCUCCUGAGCGCACACUACCUCGCCGGCCGUCUCCCCGACGUGGCCUCGCGCCGGGACUCGAUCUACCUGACCAAAGCGGUCGACCUCGCCGAGCGGCUGCUCGCGGCCUACGAGUCGCGGUCCGGCAUACCCUACGCCAGCGUACACCUCGGCCGGAAGGUCGGGCUACCUUCCCACGCGGACGGUGGCUCGUCGUCCAUGGCCGAGGCGGCCACGCUGCAGCUGGAGAUGAAGUACCUGUCGCACAUCACCGGCGAUGAGAGGUACUGGCGCCGAGCCGAGAAGGUGAUGCAGGUGCUAGACGACAACGCCAUGGAGGCCGGCCUCCUGCCCAUCUUCGUGCAUCCCGACACAGGGCGGUUCACAACCGCCGAGAUCCGCCUCGGCAGCCGCGGCGAUUCCUACUACGAAUACCUCAUCAAGCAACACCUCCAAACCUCCGAACCCAUCUACCUCACCAUGUGGCAGGAAGCGCUCGCCGGCAUCGAGACGCACCUGAUCACCACGACGCGCCACUCGCACCUCAAGAUCGUCGCCGAGCUGCCGCAAGGCAUCGGCGGGCCCCUCUCGCCCAAGAUGGACCACCUGGUGUGCUUCCUGCCCGGCGCCAUCGCGCUGGGCGCGACGGGCGGGCACACUGUGGCUCACGCGCGGGCGGACCCCACCUGGACAGCGCGCAAAGAGACCGAGCUGGCGCUCGCGCGGGAUCUGAUGAAGACUUGCUGGGGCAUGUAUGCCGGUACGGCGUCGGGGCUGGCGCCCGAGAUUGUGUGGUUUGAUGUCGAUGAGCGGGAUUUGAGGCCGCGGCCGGGGGAUCGGGCUGGGGAUGCGGCGGCGCAGAGGGAUUCGCUGAAGGGGUGGAAGAGGGAUUUUGUCAUCAAGCCGCUGGAUGCGCAUAACUUGCAGCGGCCGGAGACGGUGGAGAGCUUGUAUGUCAUGUGGAGGGUCACGGGGGAUCCGGUGUAUCGGGAGUGGGGGUGGAAGAUCUUUGAGUCGUUUAGGGAGUGGACCAAGGCCGGGUUGGAUAGGGGGUAUACGGCGGUUGGGGAUGUGAGGACGGUGCCGCCGCCGUUGAGGGAUGAGAUGGAGAGUUUUUGGCUGGCCGAGACACUCAAAUACCUUUACCUCCUCUUCUCGCCGACGGACUUCUUGCCGCUGGAGGAGGUGGUGUUUAAUACCGAGGCGCACAUCUUUCCACGGUUCAAGAGCCAGUGGGAGACGGGGUGGGAACGGAAUAGGUGAGGGGGGUAUUGUGGUGGUGUGAUGGUGAUUUUGUAAUAUUGCGAGUUUCCCUCAUUUUGAGCGUACCGGCAAAGGACCAUCUUAAACAAAUAAUAAACUUCUGGGAAUGGAAACAAAUCAAACAUGAA